AUGAAUGAACCGCUGGAUGAUUUAGCAAACGCGUCUGACUUCUCUGAUUAUGCAGCUGCUUUUGGAAAUUGCACCGAUGAAAAAAUCCCUCUCAAGAUGCGCUACCUCCCGGUCAUCUACAGCCUCAUCUUCCUGGUGGGCUUUCCCGGGAACGCCGUGGCCAUUUCCACCUACAUUUUCAAAAUGCGGCCCUGGAGAAGCAGCACGAUCAUCCUGCUGAACCUGGCCUUCACGGACCUCCUGUACCUGACCAGCCUCCCCUUCCUGAUCCACUACUACGCCAGCGGCGAGAACUGGGUCUUUGGGGACUUCAUGUGCAAGUUCAUCCGCUUCAGCUUCCACUUCAACUUGUACAGCAGCAUCCUCUUCCUCACCUGCUUCAGCAUCUUCCGCUACUUCGUCAUCAUCCACCCCAUGAGCUGCUUUUCCAUCCACAGAACUCGGUGGGCAGUGGCCGCCUGCACGGCGGUGUGGGUCAUUUCGCUGGUGGCCGUCAUCCCCAUGACCUUUCUGAUCACCUCCACCACGAGGACCAAUCGCUCCGCCUGUCUGGACCUCAGCAGCUCGGAUGACCUCACAGCCAUCAAGUGGUACAAUCUGAUUCUGACCGCCACCACCUUCUGCCUGCCUUUGGUGAUAGUGACCCUUUGCUAUACGACCAUCAUCUACACCCUCACCCAGGGACCUCAGGCUCGCAGCUGCCUUAAACAGAAAGCUCGUCGGCUGACGGUGCUACUGCUCCUGGUGUUUUACGUGUGCUUUUUACCCUUCCAUAUCUUGAGGGUCAUUCGGAUUGAAUCUCGCAUGCUUUCCAUCAGCUGCUCCGUGGAGAAUCAAAUCCACGAAGCCUACAUUGUCUCCAGACCGCUAGCUGCUUUGAACACGUUUGGAAACCUGCUACUGUAUGUGGUGGCUGGAGACAACUUUCAACAGGCCAUCUGCUCGGUAGUGAGAUGCAGAGGAAGUGGGGACCUGGGGCAAGUGAAGAAAAACCUCGACUCAAACAAACCUUGA